UCCUUCAGUCUCGCCAGUCCUCUUCCUCUGGAGCACAAGGGGGCGCUCCUUGGGGGAGGGGUACUGUCAUGAGCCAGGUUUGAUUGUUUCUUUGUUUUCUGUUUUAAUUCCCCUCCCUGUUCAUCUUUGCUGAUUCGUUUCAGCUGUUCUUCAUUUCUGCCGGCGUUCGCGCUUUUCACGUCCGCACCUGUUCUGUGUUGAUUGCUCUGGUUAUUUCUCCCUGCUGUCUGUUCAUGUCUGUGUCGGGUAAUUAGUGUGGCGUUCGUUUGCAGUAUCUCUCUGCUACAGAGACUCUAUAGCUAACUCUAUUUGUGUGUGUGUUAUCAGUCCCCCACCAAGCCUUUGUGAACUAGGGCUUCCUUCAGGAAAUGAACUGCUGCUGUUUCUUCUGUUCUCCAGCUGCAGCGUGCUGUGUGACGACGCCUGGCAGUCUGUUUAUGUGGAAUAUUGUUUGGGACUCAAUAAAUUCUGUUAACUAGCUCCUUUUGCCUCUGGGUCUUCUGCUGUCGCAUAACAACUUUAAGGUCUACUAGAUCAUCUGAGGGAUUUGACUGAAUCAAGAUGCUGCUCAUCAUUGAAGCUCUUCUUCUCAUUUUAGCUGCUCUAGGACAGGAUCACAGAGCUGCUGCAGGAAAGAUAUAUCCAUUGAAUAUGGCACUGAAUUCUGUUGAUGACCAAUAUAAGGGAUGUAGCGAGAACAUGACACAUCUGGUCAAGACAAAAUAUCUAGAGAAGGAAAUGUCUGCUUCAGCUGAAUUUAACAAGUCUUGGCAAGAAGGUGAAGAGAAUGCAACAAAACCAGAGGAUAAGUUGCAACAAAUUCAUUCAGUCGCCAUUCAUGUGUACACUAACAAAGACUCUAAAGUAUACAGUAAUUUCACUAGUGCCACUCAUACUGACAAACAAAAAUACAAAGAGGGGACAUUCAAAUGGUAUUCACUUCACUUUCUGUUAACAGAAGCGAUCCAGAUUCUGAAGAAAACACAAAAUAGAUGCUAUGUAACUUAUCGUGGUACAAAUGUUAAAUUUGACGUUCAGAACAAAGAGGUUCGUUUGAGUUCAUUUUCAUCCUCCUCUCUUGAUCGUAAGGUAAUACAGGGUUUUGGAAAUAAAUCUUGUUUUAAAAUCUACACCUGUGAAGGUGCUAAUUUGACAAAAUAUUCAAAGUAUCCUGAUGAGAAAGAAGUCCUAAUUCCUCCAUAUGAGACGUUUAAAGUCACUGCUGUCAGGAACAGAACAGAUCAGCCUGAUCUCUGGUGUGAGACAGUGUUUGUGUUGAACAGCACUGGAAAAACAAGUGACCUGAACUGUGCAUUGUUUAACAGGGGAAACCAUGCUGCUUUCUUUAAUGUUUUGCUAAUUUUGCACAUUUUAUUUUGUGUUCACCUGAUAGUCAGUUAACUUGUAGAUUUUACGUUUCUCAUUGUUACUGAACAUUGUAUUUCUAGUCAUGCUUAAUUAAAACUGAUAUUCCAGGAACACAAUGGGGGAAAAGAUAAGCUUUUCUAAACUUAAAAUUAUUAGAAUCUUUUUGGUUCUCAUUUUGUGUAAAUGUACUUUGGAUUAAAAAAAUUUAAAUUUACACAUGCUCAUCGUUGCUUCAUGAACAUGUAUGUUUUAAUUGAAUGUUUAAAACGCCAUCUAAUCUAAUAAUAAUUAAAAAAAUAAGACAAACUAAAUUAUUGUGUCAAUAAAAGCAAAUUAUUUAUGUUACUAGUAAAAACAAAAUUACA